AUGAUAGCGCAAUACAUCGAUCGCGACCAUCGCGAAUGGGACGAACAGAUCCCUGCGCUACAUUUCGCGUACAACACCGCCACGCACGACGCCACAGGAUACACGCCGGCAUAUUUAAAUCACGGCCGCGAAUUAGUAGCACCCGCCCCCGCCCUCCCAACAACCCCGGAAGCCCCGGAACCAGACAUCGUACGCCAACGAUUACAGGACGCCGAGGAAGUCGUCAGAAUCAACAUGGCCAGAGGAUUCCAGAGACAACAACGAUAUUACGACCUACGACGACGAGAAUGGCGACCAAAGCUAGGCGAAUAUGUUUGGAAGCGAAACUACCCGCUAUCCAACAGAGCAAACGCAUUUAAUGCAAAACUCGCGCUAAAGUUCAUCGGGCCACUAGAAGUACAUCGGUUUAUUUCGCCGGUAAUCGUCGAUCUCCGAAGCAAACGCGGGAAGUGGUAUCGUCAGAUACAUAUACAAGACCUAAAACCCGCUCCCGGCGAAAAUAAAAACAAUAAUACCGACGACAACAACGAUGAAACAGAGGAUCCGGAAGACAAUAACAACGAAAUCGACGAAAACAAUAACGGGGAAGACGAAGAAAACAUCAAGGAAAACAACCCCACCACGAGCUGA